AUGUCGCGGCGCUUCACCGGCGCCUACGCCGCGAUCGCGCGCGCGCUCGUCGCCGGCGACGCCAAGGCGCGACUCGCGCGACACGGUUACGUCGUUUUGGACGACGCCUUCGACGUCGCGCGCGCGCGCGCGCUGAAAGAUGAAUUCAACGCGCUGCGGCGACGCGGUGCGUUCGUCGCGAACGCGUCGCUGUUCGCGCGCGAGGGCGUCGUCGCGCUCGCGAAACCGCACGUGUACGAGUGCGAGGUGCAUCGGUUGUCGAAGGAAGACGCGGCGAGCGCGCCGUUGGUGAACGAGCUGGCGAAAGAGACGUCGGUGAUGGAGGCGCUGAACGAGGCGUUCGGCGCGCUCGGCGGCGGCGCGCUCGAUAGAACGUCGACGAAACUGCAAGUGAACGAAGGCGCGGGCGGAUGUUUUCCGCUGCACUUCGACAGCGACGCGAGUUUAGAUUCGAGGCGGGUGACGAUGUGCGCGUACUUGGACGAAGACUGGUGCGAGGCGAGGGACGGCGGCGCGCUGGCGUUGUACCCUUUUCCGCGAGGACGGGUGACGAUCGCGCCGAAGGCGGGACGAGUGGUGAUUUUUUCGUCCGAGUUUGGAUUGCAUCGCGUGAUGCCGGCGAUGCGCGAACGUUUCAUGUUUACGGUGUGGUAUUUCGCGAAGGAAAUGCGUGCGCCGAUGAAGGCGAAACCGCCGGGGGUCACCGCGGAGGCACAGAUGACGGCGUUGCUCGAUCCCGCGUUGCGCAAACACCUUGGAAAAAUCGUGCUCGCCGACGAGUGGGCGAAGAGCAUUCGCGAGGCGCACGGUGAGUCCGAGGGCGUGGAGGCGGCGCUGAAAACGCACUGGGACGAGGUGGCGUUGAUAUCGCGAGUGUUAUCGAAUAAUUAUCCUUUAGGCUUAGAGUUGAUAGCGAAAGAAAUGGAGCGAGGCGACGGCGCCUUCGACGCGGGCGUCGACUGGUUUCCAGAGUAG